CUUUGAUUUUUCCAUAUAAAAAGUGCAUGUGGGUGAUAGGUAUCUGAUAUAUGGAAUGACACUAGUAACUACAUUACAGCUUAGAUUUCCAUGUACCUAGUUACAGCAUGCCUUACUAGCAUAUUUGACCUUUUCAUUGAGGUAUUGGUUAGAGCGUCUGCCUCAAAAUCAGGAAACCUGGGAUCAAACUCAGGCCAGGUCAUACCAGGGAUUUUAAAAGUGGUACUUGUGUUUGACUCACUUUGCGCGCAGCACUGGGAGGCUAGAGCAGGGAAUCAGAACUGGUUAGCCCAGUGUCAGCAUAUUGUGACUGGUUGGGGUGUUAUCUGCAUGAUACUGCAUCACUUUGGCAGCAUGGAUUUGCCCUGCCACAAGAAGACGCUAUAUGUACACACUCCUAAUAACUCAUUGCCGUCACGUAAUUGAAAAAUUGUUAAGUAUGAUGUAAAAUCCCAAGCAUACAUACAUACGCAGACAUUGACAAGCAUAUUAAAACAAAACAUGCCUUAGAUCUUUAUCAGGGGUCUGCAAUACAUAAAUUGGGAAAUGAUAUCAUCUUUUCAAGUUUUAUCAUUGUAGCCUGAUAAUUUGAACAGUUGUUAGGUGCUUCCUUUUAGCAGUUUUCUGCAUUGUUACACAUUAGUGUUGGGCCAUCUUUUAAAGAAUGCUACAAUAGUUUAAGACUUAAAGAUAUUUGUAAAAUUGUGAAUAGAAUUUGCAUGUUUAUCAAUGCUCCCAGUCUCAAAGAAAGCCGUGUACUUAGACACCAGUUAGAACACUAGUUUUGAUUAGACAUGUCAGUUAUCAUUAUCAAAUGAAAUAUAAAUUCAAAACUCCUUAAUUAAGACACGUUUUACUAGUAUGUGGUUAUGGUACUAAGUUCUGAGGACUACAGUGUUCUUUAUGAAAGUUUCAGAAUUCUGAGUAUUGAGCUGCCCUGUUCUUGAAAUAUUUGGAGUGCAGAUCUGGAAAAUUUUCCCCUGCUGCCUGCAUUGUUUACAAAUGUAUCAGAUCUCAUAUGGAAUUUUUAACUUGCUACUAGUGUUUGUACAGGAUACAACUAAAUAGUUGCAAUACUUGGCACAUUGCCAGCAAAACAAGGUAUUUAUAUCCACCAUGCAUGGGAUAGACCAAGUGUAUCCGGUUUAGAACUCUGACAAGCAAAACUGUGGGGAUUUCAGCAGUAUGUUCUGACAGUGAGCAAAGUUCACCUCAGAAGACAAGAGACAAUAAUGCCCUGCCCCCACAUGACCCCCGAGGAUUUGUGAACCAAGAUAUUACUAAGUCAGUUGAUGAUAUUAGCGGGUUAGAGUAUGGCAAACAUGUGCCCAUGAUGGCCCCAGUGAGGACGCCCAAUUCUGUGCCCGUUCAUCCAGAUGUACGGCUGAAAGUGCUCCCUUUCUAUGAUUUAAAAGGAGAACUACUCAAGCCCUCUAGUCUUGUUCCACGUGGUGCUGUAAGAUUUCAAGAAAAUUACUUUGUAUUUCACUUGACCCCCCAGCAAGCUCAAGAUAUUGCUAUGUCAAGAGACUUCAGACCAUGUGCUAAAUUUGAAUUCUUAGUUCAAGUACAACUCAGGUUUUGUUUGUUGGAGACAAGCUGUGAACAGGAUGACAACUUCCCACCCAGUAUUUGUGUCAGAGUCAAUGGUAAAAUGGCUGCUCUUCCAAACCCUACCCCCUCCUCCAAACCUGGCGUUGAGCCGCGGAGGCCAGGUCGGCCGGUUGAUAUAACCAAUCUAUGUCGUCUCUCCCCAACCUCCUCUAAUCACGUGGAUGUCUCAUGGGCAUCAGAAUAUGGCAGGGGCUACUGUGUAGCGAUUUACUUAGUGAAAAAGCUUUCCGCAGACAUCCUCUUUUCAAGAUUAAAACAGAACGGAAACCGUCAUGCUGAUCAUUCCAGAGCUCUCAUCAAAGAAAAACUUUCCCAUGAUCCCGACAGUGAAAUUGCUACAACCAGUCUUCGUGUAUCUCUCUCAUGCCCACUGGGUAAGAUGAAGAUCCAGAACCCAUGUCGAGCAAGCACCUGUUCACACCUCCAGUGUUUUGAUGCCUCCACCUUCCUGAUGAUGAAUGAGAAGAAACCCACAUGGACUUGUCCUGUCUGUGAUAAACCUGCUCCUUUUGACAAGCUCAUAGUUGAUGGGUUAUUUGUUGAGAUCCUCCAGCAAGCCGUUGACUGCAAUGAGAUCCAGUUUAUGGAGGACUGUUCAUGGAAACCUAUGAAACCCAACAAAGAAACACUUGUUAUAACUAGUCCAAUGCUGGAAAGGUCUGGCCCAUCACAAGAUCGCAAGAAGCCAGCACCGGAAGUCAUAGAUUUGACGUCGGAUACCAGCGAUGAUGAUGAUGAUCCAAUAGAAACCUCCCCACCACCAAAGCUAACACGAGAAGGUCCCCCAUCGCCAUCUGGCAGCACGUCGUCGAGUUCCGACACAAUACCAGCGACGUCACCUCCCCCGUUACAGUCGUCUGUGCCUCUGAGCGGCUCUGUCAUCCACAGAAUGUCUCCGUCCACAUCCCAGCCUCAGCCUCCUUCCACCUCUACUCUCAGUCCUGACGCGGUUCUUAGCAGUCUAUCUGACUUGGCAGACAUGAUCUCCCCCACAGAUAUUUCCUCCUCCAGCCCCACUCCUCCAGGACUCCCCACCCUGUCGUCAGCACCCUCUAUGCUCUACCCAUCCAUGCCUUUACCUGCCAUGAGCCGCUCAUCCAUGUACCAACCAAUGCCAAUGGCACCCUCCUUCCCAUCCAUGCCGUAUCCAAGCUAUGAUCUAGAUCUGAUGUCCUUGCUAAACCCUGACACCAGGAGCACUGAUACAGAGCUAUCUGAUCUGAUUAACAUUCCCAACCCCAUGGGGACGUUCAUGAGGUCCCAGAGCCCCUCAGCAGCAUACGGCUACAAGAACUCCGACUCCCCUCCAGACGUCAUCUCUCUGGAUUGACUAUAUGGAUGGAGGUAGAAGCUGUGAAGUCGUGAACAUGUAUCAUUACGACCAUAGAUAACUGAGCAAGGAAGUGACAUUUGAGUGACAAGCAAAUUUCUGUUUUUGUUGACCAGUGCAGAUUGGAAGAUGGACAGGUGGGUGUCAGCCAGAGACUGAAACACUGUCGGUGUCACCAGAAAGAGAUAGGCUCAACAUCACUUGUUUGUGAUGUACAAAUAUGCCUACAUACGGGUUCUAGGAAGUUCUUGUUAUUUGAAAAGAUAUGCCUAAAUCUAUUGUAUAAUGGAGGGUGAUACUAGGGACAAGAAGUCGUGGUCAGUUCUUGGCAUGUACCAACAGACUGGUUGUGACUGGAGCAUUACCCUCAAGAUUUCAGAGCAGAAAGAUGAGGGUCUUACCUGUCCAUGCAGGUGGAAAUCAGGGAUGUUCAUUCCUAAAGCCAGGCUACAAGUGACAUCCAAGGCUGCCAUCCAAGGCUGC